AUGGCCAGGGACAGCUCAGUCAUGGAGCAGCUGGUCCUGGUGCUGGGCGCUCUGUUGCUGGUGGCCGAGGUGGCCGCAGGCGCCAACCUGAGCUGCUACCAGUGCUUCAAGGCGACGGAGUUGGAGCUGUGUGUACCAACCCAGUGCGGGCCUGAGGACACCAUCUGUCUCUCUCUCAUUGUCCUCAUCUGGACUUGUACCAUCAGCGACUCCGGCAAGUACCGCGUGGCCAUCAACCCCUGCACCACCAGCACCAUCUUCUGCCAGUGCUGCUCCCAGAGCCUGUGCAACCAGACAUCCCCCGCACAGCACUGGGCCUGUGCCCCACACCUGCUGCUGCUGGCCCUGGGCCUCGGGCUCCACUGGCCCCUGCUGUGA